CUUGAAAGCAUUCAUGUGAGGAGGAAAGCUCAAAAGGAGACCAUCGUUUCCAGGUUUAGGAGCCUCAGCAAUCAUUUCGGGGGGGCUCUGAUUUUUGUUUUUCGCCAUGGAAAUCUCCUCCAGCUUCCUUCUCUAUCAUCAUCUUCUUCUUCUUCUUCUUCUACUUUCUGCUUCUCUGUCUUCUUCUGCAGUUCAGGAAGACGACAUAAGAUGUCUUCGAGGGGUUAAGGAUUCGCUCGUUGAUCCUCUUGGGAAGCUCAGUUCCUGGGAUUUCAAGAACACGUCGGUUGGAAAUCUUUGCAAUAAAUUUGUCGGACUGUCUUGCUGGAACGACCGGGAGAAUCGCAUUCUGAGCCUUGAACUCAGAGAUAUGGCGCUCUCUGGUUCCAUUUCUGAGGAUUUGCAGUACUGUGUGAGCCUGCAGAGACUGGAUCUGUCUGGUAAUUCCUUUUCCGGCGCGAUUCCGCCGCAUAUUUGUAAGUGGCUUCCGUAUUUGGUUAAUUUGGAUUUGUCCAACAAUCAAUUUUCCGGCCCUAUUCCGGCUGAUCUCGCCGGAUGUUCUUAUCUGAAUUCGUUAAUGUUGUCUAAUAAUGCGCUUUCGGGUACGAUACCAGUUGAGCUUACGAGUUUGAGUAGGCUUAAUAAAUUUUCUGUUGCGAACAAUCAUCUCACUGGUUCGAUUCCCGAAUCUUUUAAUAAAUUUGGGAGUGAGGAUUUUGAUGGGAACAGUGAGUUAUGUGGAGGGCCUGUUGGAUCGAGCUGUGGUGGGUUGAGCAAGAAAAAUCUAGCGAUUAUUAUAGCUGCUGGUGUGUUUGGUGCUGCAGCUUCUCUGUUAUUAGGUUUUGGGUUAUGGUGGUGGUAUCAUUCUAGGAUGAACAUGAAGAAAAGAAGGGGAUAUAGGGAUGGGAGUAAUGGGGAUUGGGCUGAUAGAUUAAGAGCCUAUAAGCUAGUUCAAGUUUCCUUGUUUCAAAAGCCUCUUGUGAAAGUUAAGUUAGCUGAUUUGUUAGCUGCUACGAACAAUUUCAAUGGUGAAAAUAUAAUGGUUUCUUCUAGAACUGGAACUACUUAUAGAGCUGCUCUUCCAGAUGGCUCUGUGCUUGCUAUAAAGCGGCUCAAUACCUGCAAGCUUGGUGAGAAGCUGUUUCGGACGGAGAUGAACCGGUUAGGAUCGUUGAGGCACCCGAAUUUGACACCCCUUUUGGGAUUCUGUGUUGUGGAAGAGGAAAAGCUUUUGGUUUAUAAGUAUAUGUCUAAUGGGACUCUGGCUUCUUUGUUACAUGGAAAUGGUGAGAUAUUGGAUUGGGCAACUAGGUUUAGGAUUGGUUUGGGUGCAGCUAGGGGUCUUGCUUGGCUUCACCAUGGAUGCCAACCUCCAUUCAUGCAUCAAAACAUAUGUUCUAGUGUAAUUCUUGUGGAUGAUGAGUAUGAUGCUAGGAUCAUGGAUUUUGGAUUGGCAAGGUUAAUGGCUUCGGAUUCUCACGACAGUAGUUUCGUUAAUGGAGAUUUAGGGGAGCUCGGUUACAUUGCUCCCGAAUAUCCCAGCACCAUGGUUGCUUCUCUAAAAGGGGAUGUUUAUGGAUUUGGGGUUGUGCUUUUGGAGUUGGUCACUGGCCAAAAACCUCUAGAAGUCACUAAAGCAGAGGAAGGCUACAAGGGUAACUUGGUGGAUUGGGUUAAUCAGCUAAGUAGUUCGGGUCGAAUCAAGGACGUUAUCGAUAAAAGUCUUUGUGGAAAAGGGAACGACGACGAAAUCUUACAACUUGUGAAAAUUACAAUGAACUGCAUUGUUUCUAGGCCCAAGGACAGGUGGUCUAUGUAUCAGGUUUAUCAGUCAAUGAAAUCAAUGGCUAAGGACUACAGUUUCUCUGAACCAGACGAUGCGUUCCCACUUUUACUUGGCAAGGGAGAUAACGAACCCGUGUAAUUCCAGAAACCGUACGUAGAUGCCAACAUUAUAUAGAGGAGGACUUGGGAUUUCUUCAUCUUCUGGUUAAAACUUGUUAGGAUGUGUAUAUCAUGAGGCAUUGAAAGAUCAAAAAUGGCGUGUUCUUCUUUCGUCUCACCUGGUGCCACUGUCUACUCGUUUCGAUAUCGACAAAUCUCGAACUGUGCUAUUAUAUUCAGGUUAUUCUUGUAUAAAUGUAGAAGUAUGUAUAUGUAGAAGGUGAAAAAUGUGUGUUCUUCACUUUCAGAUUCUGAAUUUGUUUUGAAUGAUUCUUAUUAUUGAUUUUUAGCAGGAUUAAUGGUUAUUUUCAACCCUGCCUGCUCCCA